AGGAUUGAGGGAGGACGUGGAAGUAGGGGACGAUGACGACGACAUUCCUAUUUGGCCUUUGGGGAAGACCGGUGAGAGGGGGAAAGGACGCAGCAGAGGUGUUGUUCGUGGUCGAUCCGUUGGUCGUGGCGGCAGAGGUGGAGUCAGCGACGUACUGGUCUCCGGAAGACCAAAUGCUCCUGGUGAGAUGCAAGCGGGAGGAAGAGAUGCACCUCGCCGGGCUGGGUCACAAUUACGGGCGGAUGCGAACCAAGGAGUGGAAGUGGGACGACAUUGCAAAGCGCAUGGCGAACGCGGGGAGGCCUAAAGACGCCGACGACUGCAUGAAGAAGUGGGACAAUCUCUUCCAAAACUACAAGAAUAUACAAAGGUUCCAGAAUCCCAGCGGCCAAGCAGAUUUCUUCAGGCUAUCGAAUGAAGAAAGGAAGGAGCACAACUUCAAGUUCCGGAUGGAGAGGGUGUUGUACAACGAGAUCCACGCAGGCAUACUGGGGAGCCAUACAAUUUUCCCUCCCAACAUCACCGACACCGGCAGUCCAAACGGGGUGCAGCUGCCCAGGCGAGGAGCGGUUGGUGGGGAGUAUGUUGGUAGUGAGGCCGGUGGUGACGACUGCCCUGAAGAACGUUCUUCUGCGAGGGACUCCGACAACAACGCAGGCAGUGGGGUUGGAGGCGGGAAGCGGAAGAAUGCGCGUCAACAGGCGUUGGAGUCGAUCGCUGAUGUCAUGGACCACCAUGGCGAACUGAUGUCGGCGACGAUCGAUUCGUCUAGCAAGCAGCAAUGCAGCAUAUUCACGAGGCAAUGCGAUAUACUCGAGCAGGAAGUUGUAGUCCAAAAACCGCACUAUGCGGCGUCCGAUGAGACACAGAGGAUGAUGUGCCACACGCUUAUGGAGAUCACUGCCGCCAUCGGUGGUCGGUCGCCGAUGUAGGCCGUUCGAUCGUGUGUUGAUUGAAGUCCAGUCAUUGCGUUCGUAGUUGGCUUAAUUUUUUUA